AAUGUUGGAAAGGGCACCAGAGAGCACACUACUAAUGGAUGUGCUGAAUUCAGAUGGAAGCACGCUGCUUCAUGUUGCAGCUAUCGUUGGCAACACCGAAGCUGCUGAGAUGCUGUUGGAAAGAAGCCCAGAUUUGUUGUUUGCUAAGGACUACGAGGGUCACACACCACUAGCCUUAGCUCUUUCUAAUAUGCAUAGCCAGACGUCUCAGCUUCUGUUGCGACACAUCAUUACUAACAGGGAGGAGGGGGAUUCUAUGCUUUCGGGAAGAAGUGGUGAUGAGCUUCUAGUUCUGGUCAUUUCUUCUAAAGAUUUUGACUUGGCAUACCAUUUGGCGAGGCAUUACAGAACAUUACAUAGUGACGCUGUGCUAAUGGCUCUAGCUCAAAAUUUCCCAUGCGAACCCAAUAUAUUGGAAAAGUAUUUAGAUUUCGUAUGUUGAAGGGACUGAGAUACUAAAAUGGAAAAUAGCCGGUGGUCUGGAAACCGCUUUUGAUUAUAUGGGCCCGUUACGUGGUUUCGGGGUGGAAAAAGCAAUAAGGCUGUUCAUUGCCGGGAUUUUAAUGAUUUUAACGCUUUUCGUGGUAAUCCCUUGGAUGUUAGUGUGGCCAUUUAUUAAGGAGAAAGUUCGAAUUCAUAAUGAAGCCACCCGAUUAUUAAGGAGAGUAUGUGUUUUAAUACAUGUAUCGAGUGACCCCAACACGGAACAUCACUAUUACACAAAUCCGCUUUUUGAAGCGACAAGACAAAACGCAUAUGAAAUUGUAGGAAAAAUUGUGUCUAGAUUCCCAAAUGCAAUUUGGAGUGUCAAUAAAGAUGGUCAUAACAUUAUUCAAUAUGCCGUUCAGAAAAGGUCUACAACCUCCUAUAUCAGAUGAGUGAACAUAAGAAUGUUUAUAGAACAAUGAGAGACUCUUCUGGCAACAACCUUUUGCAUUUGGCUGCAAGAUUAGCACCUACAAACAAACUGAAUCUUAUAUCAGGGGCGGCUUUACAAAUUCAACGUGAACUACAGUGGUUCAAGGAAGUUGAAGGAUUUGUAUGUCCUUUAAACACCACACAAAAGAACUCUUUUGAUGAAACACCACAAAUGGUAUUUACAAGAGAACACAAGGAGUUGGUGAUUGAGGGAGAAAAAUGGAUGAAGGCCACUGCCGAGUCGUACACAAUUUCUGCAGCAUUAAUCACCACCAUUGUGUUUGCAGCGGCUAUUACAGUGCCAGGAGGAAACAAUCAGGACAAAGGGACACCAAUUUUUACCAACAACACCGCCUUCACAGUAUUUGCAAUAUCAGAUGCCGUAUCAUUAUUCUCAGCUGUUACGUCAUUGUUAAUGUUUUUGUCGAUUCUGACUGCACGUUUUGCUGAACAAGAUUUUCUCUUCAAGUUGCCCACAAAGUUAAUAAUUGGUUUGGCCACCUUGUUCAUCUCAACGACAACCAUGAUAAUAGCUUUUGGGGCAACUUUGUACCUUGUGUUUGGCCAAAACAACUCAAGGAUUCUUAUUCCAAUAGUUGUGUUGACAUGCCUACCAAUUACUUCUUUUAUGACGCUGCAGUUCCCCUUAAUCAUAGAGUUGAUGAGUGCAACAUAUGGUCGUAGUAUUUUUGGAAAGAAGAAUCCUGCAUAUGGUUAUGACGAGUUUGGGUUGAUAAUAGAUCAUCGCUUCUAUUAG